UGUCAAGCUACUAUUAAGUUUUGUUCAGAAAUAUCUGGAGCUGCAUAACAACCAACAAUUCCUAAAUGGACAACCGAAUGCGUAAUGAGAACACCCGUAAGAACAUUUUGUCUCUUGAUGGCGGCGGUGUUCGUGGUCUGUCAACCCUUCUAAUCCUGCAAAAAAUUAUGGACCGGUUAAACAGUGAUCGCCGAAGGAGUGGACGUAAUGAAGUUAAACCAUGUGAUGUCUUUGAUCUUAUAGGGGGAACUAGUACUGGCGGGCUUAUUGCUAUAAUGCUCGGCCGUCUUAAGAUGAACAUUCAGGAUUGCCUUGAGGUUUACACAGGAUGGAUGGGUAGCAUUUUUAAGCCUAAACAUUGGAUACGAGUUGGUUGGACAGGUCAGAUCAUCUCAAAAUACGAUUCAGAAAAACUAGAAAAUGCGAUUAAGGAUGUGCUGAAACGAGUACAACUACCGUAUGAUGCACUUCUUAAACCCCAUCAGGAUGAAGAACGACCCAGAAGUGACGUAUUCGUUUGUGCGGCUCCUUCUUCUGGUUCUGCAAUUCAUUGUUUUAGAAGCUAUACUUCAGACAGAUCAGCCUUCAAUGAAGAUGCUACUAUUGUCGAAGCAGCACUCGCAACUACAGCAGCCACUGGCUACUUUGAUGCUGUUACUACUAUUAAUGGCCAGUUUGUUGAUGGUGGAAUCUAUGCAAAUAACCCUGUGGAGGAAGCUGAGAUUGAAGCCAUUCAUAAGUGGUGUCACGGUACAGAAUCGCUGAAGGGUAAAACUAAUUGCUUCAUUUCAAUUGGGACCGGGAAACUGGACGACAGAACGAUUGAGAAGUUUUUUAUCCGAUUCUUCCGCAAGACGCUGGUUGCAAUCGCAACAGAAACAGAAUAUACAGCAGAAAAGCAUAUCGAACGAUGGCAAAACGCCUACACUGAGAAGCGAUAUUUCCGGUUCAACGUUAAUGAAGGAUUAAAGGGAGUAGGUUUGGAGGAUUACAACAAGGAACAGGAAAUCAAACAAGCUACGGGGUAUUAUUUAACUGGCGCGGGAGUACGGGUGGCCAUAGAGGAUUGUGCACAUGCACUAUCAGUGGAGGAAAGUAGCCACUAAUCCAUGGGGUGCACACUUGAAAAGAGUGUCUGCUUUGAUU